GGCGGCGCUUCCGGUUCCGGUGCCGCGCGGCCCCGUCAUGGCGGCGCCCAGCGAGGAGGCGCUGCCGCAGCCCCGGCGGCCGUUCGGGAGGCGGCUCCUUACCGACCCCGCCCGCCUCUUCCAGCACAACGCCUGGGAUAACGUGGAAUGGUCGGAAGAGCAGGAAGCCAGUGCCAGGAGUAAAGUUCAAGAGAACAGCUCGCAGCUAUUGCCACAAGAUAAACAAGAGGAAUACGAGGUGAAUGCUAAGAGGUACUGGGAUGACUUUUAUAAAAUCCAUGAAAACGGCUUCUUCAAGGACAGGCACUGGCUGUUCACUGAAUUUCCUGAGCUGGCACCAAAUAGGAACCCAAGUCAAAAUGAGGACUCUGUGCGUGAACAUAGUUACAAAGAAGAAUCCAACAACGAAGGGCUGGGAAGCUGUGAAAAUGGACAUUGCUCAUUAGAAACCAGGGCAGAGAAUCAGUUAAACCUGAUAAAAAGCCCGCCUACAUUCUGCACGGAGGAGCUGGCUCCACAGAAGUGUAGUGAGGUGAACCAAAGUUACGGAGAUUACCCGGGGUCCUCUGCAUCUUACCGCAUAUUAGAGGUUGGCUGUGGUGCUGGAAAUACGGUCUUCCCAAUCCUACAAACCAACAAUGACCCAGGCCUUUUUGUUUAUUGCUGUGAUUUUUCUACAACGGCUGUGGAUCUUGUCCAGAGCAAUGCAGAAUAUGAUUCUUCUCGCUGCUUUGCGUUUGUCCAUGAUCUGUGCAAUGACCAAAGUCCUUUCCCAAUGCCGGAUGAGAGUCUUGACGUUGUCAUUCUUAUCUUUGUCCUCUCAGCAAUUCUCCCAGAGAAGAUGCAGUGCAUCGUUAACAGACUGAGUCGCCUUCUGAAACCAGGAGGAAUGAUUUUGUUACGAGAUUAUGGCCGCUACGACUUGGCCCAGCUUCGGUUUAAGAAAGGUCAAUGUCUGUCUGAUAACUUCUAUGUGAGAGGUGAUGGCACCAGAGUCUACUUCUUCACCCAAGAUGAAUUAGACGAUCUCUUCACAAGAGCUGGGCUGGAGAAAAUCCAGAAUCUGGUGGAUCGGCGACUGCAAGUGAACCGUGGGAAGCAAAUGACAAUGUAUCGAGUGUGGAUCCAGUGCAAAUACCAGAAGCCUGCUGCCCAUCAGCCAUGAGGAAACAGGGCAUGCUUUUUAGAUUCAAUCUUCUUUAUGGCCAUGUGCAGGCUCCUCCUGGUGAGAACUGUUAGGGAGGCCAGCAUGCACAGAACCUCAGUGCCUUUUACAGUGCCUAGCAUCACUUUGAGUGAAUUUUGUUAAGGACAAAUGCUCUAGGAGGAGACCAAGCAGUAUUUUAAAUGUCUUGCCACUGGGCUGAAUUUUUAAACUUGCUAAUGGUUUUAACAAUGUAAGAAAUGGCCAUGCUGUCUAAGAGCAGCUGAGCAGGCUGAAUAGCAACUGACUUUCACUCUGGAUUUCUACAUGAAGCAGAAGGAGAUCUUCAACCUUACCUCUGUGUUGUGUACUCUUGUCUUAGGGAAAAAAAAAAAUCGGUAAGUCUGCCUUUCUUCAUGGCUGGUCACUAGGCAUGAUAUGGAUCCCUUGCCCUAACUAUCUCAUGCAGCUCUCUUACAAUUGUUCAGGUUUGUGCAAAUCCACAAGAUAAAAUACGUUGAUCGAGGUCAUGACCUAAGAGCAUUCUAGUUUCUCUGUGCCACCUUCCCCAUGGAUGCCUCCUGGUGAGCAGGUAACCUGUGGAGAGAGCAGAUUAUGCUGCCUUGCCCCUUACUGUUCACAAGGAUGUUUGUCUAGGGAGCAAGCACACUGUACCUCAGGGGCUGUAAAUUCACAUCAGGCAGGGUUCAGGCUUUCAAACACCUGGGCUGAUGCCAGUUUUAGGGCACCUCCAAAGUGCAGAGAAUCAAAAGCAGAUUGUGGGACCAGAGUUUAUGCAGAAUCCAUUUCCUGCUUUUUCUGCUCGAGCAGUCGGAACUGUUCUUGCUGGCUGCAGUCAGGUGACGAGCUGCGCUGCCCUGUGAUGGUGAUGUGCUAAACCAAAGUAGACAAGACACCUGUCUUUGAUAAGAAAUCUGAAGAAUGUCUACCACUUUUCUUUAAUUUCUCAGAGGAAGCCAACCUUGUGGCUUUCUGACGGUAUUUCCCCACCUUUGACAGCUAACAUCUUUUAUCUCAACUUGUUUUCUUUUGUGAUUUUUAGGGUGUGGUACAACAGGUAUUAGAAUAAAUUUUGUGGUAACGCUUUUCAA